AUGGUACUUGCACGAGGCUUGCGGACCAAGGCAAAUACGGAAGCUUCCAAGUCCGAAAUAUCGUCGUCGUCGAGCUCUGCAACGCCAUCUGCGACACCAUCGACGUCUCCGUCUUCGACGCCGUCGCCUAGUGUAGCAAGCAAGCCUCGCAAGAGCAACACUGGUGCUAUAGCUGGUGGUGUAGUCGGCGGCGUAUGCGGACUCGCUCUCAUCGCUGCCGCCGUCUUUCUACUUCUACGACGGAACAAAAAGCGUGAUCAACCACCGGAAGAAGCUCCCGCGGACGAGCGACGAGAGGUUGAUGGAAGGAGCGCAAUGGCCGAAAUGCCACACCAAGGCCCAAAACAUGAGAUGGACUCGAAGAACAUAGCACCACAGGAGCUCGGUGACAAGAAGAGUGUGGAUCUCCCACCGGUCGAGCUUCCAGGCGACGAUGCUACUCGACAUUCCCAGCAUAUAAUCGACUCUCAGCUUACUGCCAGUGAGAAGCGCUGA